UGCUAGGCUGAUUAAAGGCUAUCAAGUCACUUUGAACUUGUAUUCAUCCUCAACAUGUUCAGAAGAACGCUAGUCCCGGCGUGGAUUUUUGCCGGAGUUUGUUUCCACUUGUGUGCAACUGCUGCCAUCAAAAGUGCAACCCAAUGCGGAUAUCAGGCUUGUAAUCCAGUCAAGGAUGGGUUUAUCAACGUCCACCUUGUCCCUCACACCCAUGACGAUGUUGGGUGGCUAAAAACCGUCGAUCAGUAUUUCUACGGAGCCAAUAAUUCGAUCCAAAACGCUGGUGUUCAAUACAUCAUUGAUUCAGUCAUUGACGAGUUGAAGAAAGACCCCAAGAGAAAAUUUAUCUACGUUGAAACGGCCUAUUUUUGGAAGUGGUGGAUCCACCAACACGAUUUCGUCAAACACCAAGUCAAAACUUACGUCAACAACGGCCAAUUGGAGUUCAUUGGAGGUGCCUGGACUAUGAAUGAUGAAGCAACAACGCACUACCAAUCAAUCAUUGACCAGUUCACUUGGGGUCUGAGGAAAUUGAAUGAUACGUUUGGCGACUGUGGUCGUCCUAAAAUCGGCUGGCAAAUCGACCCGUUUGGGCACAGCCGUGAGAUGGCCUCGAUUUUUGCCCAACUGGGCUUCGAUGGGCUUCUCCUGGGCCGUAUUGACUAUGAGGAUAAAGACAAGAGAUUUGAGUCUAAAACACCGGAAAUGAUAUGGAAAGGUAGUGAUAACCUGGACGCUGAUAUUUUCACUGGAGUGAUGUAUAACACGUACGCGCCUCCGAAAGGCUUCUGUUUUGAUAUUAUGUGCGACGAUGAGCCACUUGUUGAUGAUAAGAAAAGUCCACUUUACAAUAUCGAGCGGAAAGUUGAUGAUUUCUUCGCGUAUCUUGAUAAUGUAACGAAGGCUUACACCACGUCUAAUGUUAUCAUCACAAUGGGGGAGGAUUUCAACUAUCAGAAUGCACACACGUGGUUCAAAAAUUUGGAUAAGCUCAUCUAUUAUGCCAACCAAAGACAAAUCAACGGCUCCAAAUACAACCUCCUCUACUCCACCCCCUCCUGCUACACCAAAGCCGUCCACGACUCCAACCAAAAAUUCGUCUCAAAAACCGACGACUUCUUCCCCUACUCCUCGGACGGCAACUCCUUCUGGACCGGUUACUUCACCUCCCGGCCCACUCUAAAGCGCUUCGAGCGCCAAGGCAACAACUUCCUCCAAGUCUGCAAGCAACUCUACGCCUUAGUAGACCUCGGUCCUGAAGACUGGGUCGAUUUGAACGCUCUGAGAGAAGCCAUGGGUGUGAUGCAGCACCACGAUGCCAUCACAGGCACGGAAAAACAACACGUGGCAGAAGACUACGCCCGGAUCCUCCAAGGGGGCAUUGACGAGUGCCAAUUUAUCGUAAACACAGCCUUGAGUAAAAUCAUCACAGGGGAGAACAGCACAGGGCCUGACCCGGGGCCCAAAUUCCCGAUUAAUACGUGUUGGUUGACCAACACCAGCUCCUGUCCUUUUAGUGAAGAUCAGGAUAAUUUCCUUGUUACGGUUUAUAAUCCUUUGAGUCGUCCUGUGACCAAAUAUGUGAGACUGCCAGUCAUUGGGGAGGCUUACAGUGUCAAGUGCCCACAAGGCAAGGAACUUUUGACCCAACUGAUCCCUAUUCCAGACGCUGUGAAAAAUAUGCCAGGUCGUGUGAGCAAAGCAACAGUUGAGCUUAUUUUUGAAGCACCGUUUGUGCCACCACUUGGCUUCAAAACCUUCACAGUGAGCAAAAAAACCGGGAAUGAAGUACUCAAAGCGGAAAAAAUCACCAAAAUUGCUGAUGGGGAAGUUGGUUUUACGCUGGACCCGAAUUCAGGUCUCUUGAAGACAGUUAUUUUGAACGGGAAGACGGUUGAUGUUAACCAAGAGUUUCUCUACUAUGAAGGGUUUGUCGGUGAUAAUGAAGAGCCGAAAAAUCGGUCGUCGGGAGCGUACAUUUUCCGGCCAAUUCCGGGCAAGGAUCCGGUCGUUGUAGCGGACAAGGUGGAUUAUAAAAUUUUCAGAGGGAAUUUGGUUUCUGAGGUGCAGCAAGUUUUCAACGAGUGGAUCACUCAAACAAUUCGGGUUUAUCGAACGGAGAGCUACAUCGAGUUUGAUUGGAUUGUGGGCCCAAUUCCAGACACAGACGCCAACGGCAAAGAAAUAAUCACUCGCUUCACCACACCCCUCAACACCAAAUCCACCUUCUACACGGACUCAAACGGCCGAGAAAUGCUCAAACGUGUCCGAAACGCCCGCCCCACCUGGACCCUCACCCUCGAAGAACCCGUUUCUGGCAACUACUACCCCGUCACUUCAAAAAUAGUCCUAGUGGACGAGUCCCAAGACCUGGAGCUGGCCGUUUUGACUGAUAGAGCCCAAGGUGGUACCAGCCUCCAGGACGGACAACUCGAACUCAUGGUCCAUCGGAACUGCCUCCAUGACGAUGCUUUCGGAGUCGCUGAAGCCCUCAACGAGACGGCGUUCGGCAAAGGCCUGGUGGCCAGAGGGUCGCAUUUUUUGACUCUUGGACCCCAUUUUAAAAAAACGGGAAAUGUGAGCACAGCCGCCUUGGAAAGGGAUAUCGCCCAGAGGAAGGUUCUGGAUUCGUGGGUGUUUAUCUCGGCACCUUACAAUGACUCCAAAUAUAUUAAAGAGUUUUCAGGCCUGAAACGCGCUUUGCCUGCCAACGUCCAAAUCCUGACCCUGGAGCCUUGGAAAGGCUUCUCUUUCCUUCUCCGCCUAGAACACGUUUUGGAAAAGGGCGAAGAUGCAGAUUUAUCUCAACCAGCAAUCGUCAACUUGCAGAAUUUGUUCACACCUUUCGAAAUUAAAUCAAUUCGUGAAACCACGCUCGGAGCCAAUCAAUGGUUGGAGAAGAACGAACGUUUGGAAUUUGAAGCCAAAGACUUGUUCCGGAAGAACGAGAAGCGAGCAACUCUGAUAAGAGCCCUUGACGACUAUCAGAUAACGCUGAAUCCGAUGCAAAUCCGAACUUUUGUAAUAGAAAUAGAGAAGAAUUGAUUGUUUUAUUGACAAAUAUAGACACUUGUAUAAGUUACAGAUACAAUCAAAACACUGUUACUAACUGUAUGGUUCCUAUAAAUAAAGUUUUCAAGCUAAA